UAUCAAAUCACAACAAAAAUAAAGUUCAAUUUAACCGUUACAAGUGCAGUGCAACAACAACUACCAGAGAAAGAAAAGCCCAAGCAGUGCGUGCGAGGCGCUUUCGGCCUCGAGAUGGCCGCCGAAAACUAUCACCUGAAGUGGGACUCGCACCUGUCCUACUUGAACACUUCCAUUGCCACGCUGUACAAGAAUGAAAAGUUUGCCGAUGUGGUGCUGUACAGCUCGUACACCAGCAGCAGCAUCAACUCGGACAUACCGACGGUGGGCAUCUCGGCGCACAAGUUUAUACUCAGCUCGUGCAGCCAGUUCUUUGCGACGAUGUUCGAGACGGCGCCGAUUACCUCGCCCAACGGCGUCAUAUACGUUGUGCUUCCGCCCGAUCUGAGCCAUCGGGCCAUACAAAUCCUGGUGCAGUACAUGUACAGCGGCGAGGCCACCGUCUCCAAUGACAUCCUCAAUGAGGUGCUGCGGGGCGGCGAGAUUCUCAAGAUCCGUGGCCUCUGCCGCUCCAGCGCUUCCAACAACAGCAGCACCACAGUCACGUCCUCGCACUCGCACUCCCACUCGCACCACCAUCCGCAUGGCGGACAUCUGCAUCAGCGGGAGUCGUCGGCGAGCGCCAUGUAUGUGUCGAAUGGAUCGCGCUCGACGCUGCCACCGCCGCCCAUGUCCACACAGCUGCCUGGCGGCGACCUAUACAGCAGCAAGCCGAGCAGCAGCAGCAGUGGCUCCGGCAGAUAUACCAUCAAGUCUCCCACCCUGCCACCGCCGCCAACGAACUCCACAACCCUCCUGGGAUGGCCGCAUCAGCAUCAUAAUCAUCAUCAUCCCCAUCAGCAGCAGCAGCACCAGCAGCAGCAAUUCCGUGGCCUCGGCGCUUCCGUAAUGCCAAAGGACAGUCCCGUAAUUGUCAAGUCACCAAAAAUGGCCGCCCACACGGGUCUGCUGAGCGUGGCGAGCAGCAGCAAGCUGGGCAUAUCCGUGAACAAGGAGGUGGCCAUCGAUCCCGAGGAUAAGUGCUGCUAUGCAGCCGCCAGCAGUCAAGUGGAGCCACAGCCGCCGCCGCCAUCAUCGACGACCGCCGGAGCAGUAGCCGGAGGAGGAGUUGGAGUUGGAGGAGUUCCGCCACCGCCAGCCAUGUCCAUAUGCACAGAAGUGGGCUGCAGCAGCUGUCCCCUGACCGUGGGCACUGCCACCGAGCCGGCGGAGACUACGCUGCGUCGGCCAGAGUACGAGGAGCAGGCGCUCUGUGAUCGGGAGGAUGUGGGUCUGGUGUACGAGCGUCGGCUGCGUCGUGAGAGUGCCUGCGAGCGAGCUCACGAGUACUACGAGGCACCGCUGCACUUUGCCACACCACCGCCAGCGCCGCAUCCGCACAGCUUUCUCAGCAUCAAGCAGGAGCCCAGCGACUGGUCCAACAACCCACCAACAGCGGCCAAUGCCAGCAACAACAAUCACGACGAGGGGGAGCAGCUGUCGCCCAAGCAGCCGCUGGACUUUAAGAUGAGCGCCGUUAAGCUGGAGCUGAACCGCGACCGGGCCACGCCGCACGAGGAGUCCGAGGAGCACACGCUGCGCGACUACAACAACUUCAAGCAGCUGCAGCUGCUCGUGUGCGAGAUAUGCCAGAAGUCAUUUGAGGACACCAAGACCCUCGUCCGUCACCUGGGCACACACGCCAACGAGCCGGGAUCUGGCACCAAUCACAUGGCGGCCACUGCCAGCGGCAGUGCAUCGACCACUUCCAGCAACACAAAUCUCGCGAUGCGAGCCCUCAAGACCUAUGUGCCAAAGAAGCGACGCAGAGUAUCGCAACAGGAGAAUAAUAUGGAUCAUGAUCAUGUCACGCUGCUCUGUGAUUUGUGCGCCACAUCCUUUGAAACGCCUGCGGAGUGGGUGCGUCAUAUGAACAGCCAGCACACGGAAAUCGAGCUGGCCAUGUUCAACAGCAAGAAGGACGGCGAGCAGAAGGGCCAGCAGCAGCAGCAACACCCACAGCAGCAGCCGCAGCAGCAGCAGCAGCAGAUCCCCAACAGUAGUACCACCAACAGUAGCAGCAGCAUCGGUGGUAGCAGCUCUUCCACAGUGUCCACCAGCCAAAUGCAGCCAAAGUUCCAUUCCAGCUCCAAUCGAACGACCCAAUCUCAAAUCCAGCCACUGAUUCUGAACAAAAGGAGCAACGUUGUGGCCACAGCUGUUGCGGCCUCACCUACUGGCCUGUCCUCAUCGCAUGGCUAAGGCCCCGCCAACACCAUCGAAUGGC